GCGCGGGGCUCCAAGAUGGCUUUGGCCGGGCUGUGCUCGCUGCUGGCCGGCUGCUGCCUGGCCGCGGGCAGCGGCCCCGCCGAGGCGGCGGCGGAGGCGGCGGCCAAGGAGCUGGAGUGCAAGCUGAAGAGCAUCACGGUGUCGGCGCUGCCCUUCCUGCGGGAGAACGACCUCAGCAUCAUGCACGGCCCCUCGGCCGCUGAGCCCAAGCUGCUCUUCUCAGUCCGCAACGACUUCCCCGGCGAGAUGGUGGUGGUGGAUGACCUGGAGAACACGGAGCUGCCCUACUUCGUGCUGGAGAUCUCAGGCAACACGGACGACAUCCCCCUGGUGCGCUGGCGGCAGCAGUGGCUGGAGAAUGGCACGUUGCUCUUCCACAUCCACCACCAAGAUGGGGCUCCCAACCUGCCCGGCUUCGACCCCACAGAGGAGCCCCAGACCGAGUCGGCAGAGGAGGAGCUGAGGAUCCUCCACAUCUCCGUCAUGGGAGGGAUGAUCGCCCUGCUGCUCUCCAUCCUCUGCCUGGUGAUGAUCCUCUACACCCGCCGGCGGUGGUGCAAGCGGCGCCGGGUGCCGCAGCCGCAGAAGAGCGCGAGCGCCGAGGCGGCCAACGAGAUCCACUACAUCCCAUCGGUGCUGAUCGGGGGCCACGGGCGGGAGAGCCUGCGCAACGCCCGCGUGCAGGGCCACAACUCCAGCGGGACGCUCAGCAUCCGAGAGACCCCCAUCCUGGACGGCUACGAGUACGACAUCACCGACCUGCGGCACCACCUGCAGCGCGAGUGCAUGAACGGCGGGGAGGACUUCGCCAGCCAGGUCACCCGCACGCUGGACUCGCUGCAGGGCUGCAACGAGAAGGCCAGCAUGGACCUCACGCCAGGGAGUGAUAAUGCCAAGCUGUCCCUGAUGAACAAGUACAAGGACAACAUCAUUGCCACCAGCCCCGUGGACUCGAACCACCAGCAGGCCACGCUGCUGUCCCACACCUCCAGCAGCCAGCGCAAGCGCAUCAACAACAAAGCGCGAGUGUCCCCUGCAGCUGGCUCAGCAUUUCUCAACCCCGAGGGGGACUCAGGGACAGAGGCAGACACCGAUCCCCAGCUGACCUUCUACACAGACCCCUCGCGGAGCCGGAGGCGCAGCCGAGUGGGGUCCCCCCGGAGCCCUGUGAACAAGACCACCCUGACCCUCAUCAGUGUGACGAGCUGUGUCAUCAGCCUGGUGUGCUCUUCCCACAUGAACUGCCCCCUUGUUGUCAAGAUCACCCUCCAUGUCCCUGAGCACCUCAUCGCUGAUGGGAGCCGGUUCAUCCUGCUGGAGGGGAGCCAGCUGGAUGCCAGCGACUGGCUGAACCCAGCCCAGGUCGUCCUCUUCUCCCAGCAAAACUCCAGCGGGCCCUGGGCCCUGGACCUCUGCGCCCGGCGCCUCCUCGACCCCUGUGAGCACCAGUGUGACCCCGAGACUGGUGAGUGUCUCUGCUAUGAAGGGUACAUGAAGGACCCUGUGCACAAGCACCUCUGCAUCCGGAAUGAGUGGGGAACGAACCAGGGGCCCUGGCCAUACACCAUUUUCCAGCGUGGCUUUGACUUGGUGCUGGGUGAGCAGCCAUCUGACAAGAUUUUUCGGUUCACCUAUACCCUGGGGGAAGGCAUGUGGCUGCCCCUGAGCAAGAGCUUUGUCAUCCCACCAGCUGAGCUGGCCAUCAACCCCUCAGCCAAAUGUAAGACGGACAUGACAGUGAUGGAGGAUGCAGUGGAGGUCAGGGAAGAGCUGAUGACCUCCUCCUCCUUUGACAGCCUGGAGGUCCUCCUUGACUCCUUCGGCCCUGUCCGUGACUGCUCCCGGGACAAUGGGGGCUGCAGCAAGAACUUCCGCUGCAUCUCGGACCGCAAGCUGGACUCGACGGGCUGUGUGUGCCCGACGGGACUGAGCCCCAUGAAGGACGGCACGGGCUGCUACGACCGUCACGUCGGCGUGGACUGCUCCGAUGGCUUCAAUGGGGGCUGCGAGCAGCUGUGCCUGCAGCAGAUGGUCCCUCUGCCCGAAGACCCCCUGCUCUACAACAUCCUCAUGUUCUGUGGGUGCAUUGAGGACUACAAGCUGGGCACGGACGGGCGGUCGUGCCAGCUCAUCUCGGAGUCGUGCCCCGAGGCAGGGGACUGCGGGGAGCCCCGCGAGCUGCCCAUGAACCAGACGCUCUUUGGGGAGAUCUUCUAUGGCUACAACAACCACUCCAAGGAGGUGGCACCAGGGCAAGUGCUCAAAGGGACGUUCAGGCAGAACAACUUUGCCCGGGGCCUGGAGCAGCAGCUGCCAGAUGGGCUGGUGGUGGCCACGGUGCCCUUGGAGAACCAGUGCCAAGAGGAGCUCUCUGACCCCACACCUGACCCCGAGUUCCUCACCGGGAUGGUGAACUUCAGCGAGGUGUCCGGGUACCCUCUCUUGCAGCACUGGAAGGUGCAGUCUGUCAUGUACCACGUCCGGCUCAACCAGAUGACCAUCUCCCAGUCCUUCAGCAAUGCCCUCCACUCCCUGGAUGGGGCCACCUCCCGUGGAGAUUUUGUGGCACUGCUGGACCAGUUUGGCAACCACUACAUCCAGGAGGCAGUGUAUGGCUUUGAGGAGUCCUGCUCCAUCUGGUAUCCCAAUAGGCAGGUCCAGCGGCAGCUCUGGCUGGAGUACGAGGACAUCAGCAAAGGCAACUCGCCCUCGGACGAGUCAGAGGAGCGCGAGCGAGACCCCAAGGUGCUCACCUUCCCCGAGUACAUUGCCAGCCUCUCCGAGUCGGGCACCAAGCGCAUGGCAGCCGGCGUGCGGAUGGAGUGCCAGAGCCGUGGGCGCUGCCCCUCCUCCUGCCCGCUCUGCCACGGCGCCGCCAGCCCCGACGCGCCAGCCGAGCCCAUCCUGCUGGAGGUCACCAAAGCAGCCCCCCUCUACGAGCUGGUCACCAACAACCAGACCCAGCGGCUCCUGCAGGAGGCCACCAUGAGCAUGCUGUGGUGCUCAGGCAGCGGGGACGUCAUCGAGGACUGGUGCCGCUGUGACUCCAGUGCCUUCGGGGCUGACGGGCUGCCCACCUGUGCACCUCUCCCCCACCCCAUCCUGCACCUCUCCACCGUUCACGAGCCCAGCAGCACACUGGUGGUUCUGGAGUGGGGGCACUCAGAGCCCCCCAUCGGGGUGCAGAUUGUCGACUACCUCCUCCGCCAGGAGAAAGUCACCGACAGAAUGGACCACUCCAAGGUGGAGACAGAGACAGUGCUGAGCUUCGUGGACGACAUCAUCUCUGGUGCCAAGUCACCCUGUGCCAUGCCAGCCCAAGUGCCUGACAGACUCUCCUCCACCAUCUCCCUCAUCAUUCGCUGCCUGGAGCCCGACACCACCUACAUGUUCACACUCUGGGGAGUUGACAACACAGGAAGGCGUUCCAGGUCCAGUGAUGUGACGGUCAAGACCCCCUGCCCUGUGGUAGAUGAUGUGAAAGCUCAAGAAAUAGCAGACAAGAUCUACAACCUGUUCAAUGGCUACACGAGCGGCAAGGAGCAGCAGACAGCCUACAACACUCUGCUGGACCUGGGCUCCCCCAGCCUCCACCGAGUCCUCUACCACUACAACCAGCACUACGAGAGCUUUGGGGAGUUCACCUGGCGCUGUGAAGAUGAGCUGGGGCCCAGGAUCUGAUCUCCUCUGAGAACUGCUGACAACACUGUUGAAAUUCAGAUGUGGGGAAAGAGAAGGACCACCUCAUCAUCCUUCAUUUGAGCACCACAACGCUACUCUGGGUUGCCCACUACAACCCUUGUUUAGUUGGGUGCACAGUGGCCGGGGCAGCGAGGCAGAGGACUGUGGUGAGUCUGCUCCUACUGACCAUGCAGUGACCCCAUGGACACAUAACCUUUCCCAGAGGGCUUUGAAAUAAUGUCUGGUGGAUGCCUGUGGUGCCCUUGGAGUCCAUUGUGCUCGCUGGGGUGAUUCAAUGGCACAGCAGUGUUUUUCUCAACCCCAGAAUCCUGAUCCAGGGCUCUAAGCAGAGCAAGGCAAAGCAUUGGCAAAUCCCAAGGGCAAAACUUGGUGCCUGCAAGAUGCCCAAACCACCUUCAGGUGGGAGCCUUCAUGCCUGGGGAGCUCUCUCCUGGCAUGGCCUGGGUGUUUGGCUUCUCUCCGUGUCCUCCUUCCAGCUCCCCCUCAGCAAGGAAGGGGAAAUUGCCUGCUCCUCCCGCCCUGACCUGCGCUUUUCCCAAUGGUUUGUACUUCACAGCAGCAUGGGUGUGUGACAAAGGAUAUCCUUUCUCAGCUUCAUCAAGAGCAAAGAAAAUAUAAUAUAUAUUUAUAUAUAUAUUAUAUAUAUGUAUAUAGAUAUAAUUAAGUUUAAAUAUUUGCAGAGAGAUCACAACUACCUUCACCUUGCUAAAAGAAGCCUGUACAGCAGAGGGGGGCGAAUAGUGACAAAAUCCAGAGCAAAGACAGACAGCCAGGUGCUGGACCAGGACAAACACCCAUGGCAGCACCUGGGCUCUCGGCGUGGACCCCAGCUCAGCGUGUGGCUGAAGCGGCACCGGACCCCUGGCUGAGCCCCUCGAGGGGGUUCGGGAGGGAGCAGCUUUGGCUUUGGGGAGGGGACCGCUCUGCCCUCCUUGGCUCCUCGGUGGCCUCGAUCCUUCCCCUCGUGCGCAGCCGCCACAUCCCUGCCUGGCUCUUCCAUGGCCUCCUGCCCCCUCACAUCCCGCCGCUCCCCAGCGGCCCCCGGUGCUGCCCCUUCGCUCCUCCGGCGCUCGCCUGACCGAGAGAGGCCCUUCCUGGUGCUGCUACUGGUUCUCCUCGGCCGCCGGGUCACGGCACGUGCACUCGUCCUGGUCGCAGUCAGCAGCAAACGGGAUCACCUGGGGGGGCCAAAGGGAGAGCUCAGCCUCUGCCCUGAGAUACCCAUCUCCUGGUGCCCCUAUGCCCCUGCAGGCCCUCUCCACCCCAGUACGGCCAAUAGCAAUGGAUGUGUGGACAGACAGACACUUUGGGCUGUGCCCCGUUGUUGGCAUUGCGGAAACUGCCAGGCUCCAGGCUCACUGAGAAAGGGGCACAACCUGCCCCCAGCUCAGUUUUAUUCGUAGCCUUUUCCUUUUUGUUAGCUUGUGUUUCAUAGAAUCAUAGGAUAUGUGGAGUUGGAAAGAACCCAUCAGGAUCAUCAAAUCCAACUCCUGACCCUGCACAGGACACCCCGGCAAUCCCACUCUGUGCCUGAGAGGGUUGUGCAAAUACUUCUUGAAGUCUGUCAGGGUUGGUGCUGUGACCCCUUCCCUGGGGAGCCUGUUCCAGUGCUCAACCACCUUCUGAGUGAAAAACCUUUUCCUGAUGUCUAACCUAACCCCCCCCUGACUCAGGUUCAUGCCAUUUCCUCUAGUCCUGUCACUGGUCACUGGUGUUCAAAAUUUGCAGCCAAGGGUCAGCUUGAAUCUUGUGCCUUAAAUGUGAGACCCUGGGAAGAAGUCUCCCCUGGUGGAUAUAAGACAUUUGGACUAAGGCAGGCAGUGGUAAAGCACCUCUAGAUUUAAGUUUUACUUUGGCGCCUGUUAGAAAGCCCCCUCUGUCCAUGUCUGAACCCAUGGACCUGUCUUUCAAGCUACUCCUGGCUCUUCCUGGCUCAGCAAAGCAUGAAAGGACCAUAACCUUGCCUUCUGCAGCUCUUGGAGGAACUCAACCAGGCUCCCAGCUGCAAAGCUGAGCUCUACACUACCCAAUACAGUAGCCAAGGUAGGUGCAUAUAGUCCUUGUGCAUUGUGGAUUAAGAAAAGCCAGGCAGGAUGGAGUCUCUGUGAGCAGGAACAGCCUUCAGUGGGGCAGGCAGUGUGUUUAUGCAGGGCUACCCACCAGCUGUGCUGCUUUGAGACACCCCAUGCAGGUCGGGAGGCUCAUUACAUGUUGCUUUCUCUGCAACAACUGUAUGUGGCAAAGCAAGACUAUGUCACCUUAGCUGGUGGCAGCAGAGAGAGGAAGGAGGGCACCCACCAGGCAUCUGACUCCUGGUUGCCAGUUGCCUGGUCAUGGGCUAUGGGAGCUGAGAAAACAGUUUCCUCCAGAGGUUUUAUACACACCAGGCUCAGAGCCAAAUAUGGAAACACAUUUGAUUUUUCACAGCCUGGAUCAGUCAUGAGAUGGGUGUUUUUUUGGUUUUUUUUUUGAUGAUUACACUCUGUAUUCCUGCAUCUGCCUUAACAGAGAUGUGCUGGAGGCUUGUUGAGCGGAAGAUCUGGGACCUGUGGGGGAUGCAAGCUGGGUCUGGGUCUCCUGAGAGCCAUGGGACCAAAUCCCCCCACCUUCCACAGUGAACCCAUCCUUUAUUUUGGCCAUGUCUUGCUCCAAGAUGUCAUGAUAUCGUUGUGGGGAUUUCACUCAUCACUUGGGUGUAAAGCCUUUUCUUUCCUAUCAAAAGGAUCUUCCCAGGAUUUUAUUUUUCCUUUUCUCUGUGUGUGUAUGUGUGAUGAAAGGAAAAAUGAUUCAAGCUCCACAACAAAGAUGAGAAGAUCCAAAUUCACAUAUUUUUGCAGUGAGAAAUUAUCUCAUGCCCUAUGAUUUGUUUUGCUGUUGGAUAUGAUUAGGAAGGAUGGGCUGUGAAUGCUGGAUAGCGAGUUAGGUGGGAGGGAAGGUUGUGAUGGGAGACAAAGAAGGGUCUGUACAACCCCAACGCCAAGUUGCUCCCUCUACACUAUUCCUCCCUCCUUCCUUCCCCAGAAGAGGGAGGGAAACAUAGCCCACAGCAGAGGCCAGUGGACCAUACCAAAAAUCCCCUGAGACAGCUUAGUUGCAUGACAAGGUGACUUCAGACUCACCAUGUCUAGCACUAUGUCCUAUGGAAGUCAUUUCUUUGGGACUCAUUUCCCGAAACGAGAGGGAAUCCCGUGAACCUCAGUGGGAGCUGGGCUGAGGUUUCAAUCACGCUGGCCCAAGUCCAAACCCCACUCUUAAUCAGUGGGAUGAUGUCUAUCAGCUUCAGCUGGCUUUGGUUUAAAAUCAUGGGUUUGUUCUCCGUUCAUGGGAGAAUUGCACUGCAGGCUCGGUUCCACAGCCAGUAAAGCUAAAGAGCAGAGCUAGCAGUCACUCCUCAAUCCCAAAUCUUGGCCAAUGCCACAGAGGGUGCUCUCUUACCUUCCUGGAGGACAGUGUGGAGGCGCAGCAGUCCCCACCGUCAUACUGGCAGUAUGCCCGGUUGUUGAUGGUGUCACACCAGCCGUCUGCUUGGAAGGGCUAGGCAGGGAAAUGAGGAUUUGUGAAAGGGUUAGUCAAAAGCAGAAGGCUUCCCCCAAAAGUAGAGAACCCAGGUCCUCAGCAAGACCCCUUCCACAGUACACAACCCCCUCUUCAAAGCCAAAGGGCACCAGUUGUCCUGGCUGCUGUGGAUGGAGCAGUGGGUGUUCCGAGGUCAGCAGCUGGAGGAUCAGAGAAUUGUGUCAGAAAUGUUAAAUGGCACAAGCAGCCAUUCAGAAACCCAUUUUACUUGUUCUUUAGUUGCAUGAGUCAUCUGAUGAGAAAAGAGAAAGAAGCAUCUGGGGCUGAGAAGCAGCCAACGAUGGCUGAGGAGCAACACUGUGCCAUGGGUGCAACAGCGACGUGCACGGGAAUGAACUGUUCACUUGCAGUGAACUGUCAGGAACGGCCAGCAGCUGAGCUUUAUUUGUCACAGAUGCACACCAGCACUGCCAAGCAACAGCUGAACUAGGUAGCUGAAUGGAGGAGCCAUUCAGUAACUGGGUGAUUAGCAAUGAAAUGUUUCUUCUGCUUCAGGCUCUGGGAUUGGUAGCUCCUGGCCCAGCAACCUCCUUCAGGAGGACUGCUGUCAUCAGAGCCAUAGAAUCACAGGAUGGUUUGGGUUGGAAGGGACCUUAAAGACCAUCUCGUUCCAACCACCCUGCCAUGGGCAGGGACACCUUCCACUAGACCAGGUUUCUCCAAGCCCCAUCCACCCCGGACUUAAACACUUCCAAGGAUGGGGCAGCCACAGCUUCUCUGGGCAACCUGUACCAGGGCCUCACCACCCUCACAGCCAAGAAUUUCUUCCUAAUUUCUAGUCUAAACCUGCCCUCUACCGGUUUAAAGCCAUUGCUCCUUGUCCUAUCACUCUAUGCCCUUGCCAGAAGUCCCUCUCCAGCUCUCUUGGAGCCCCUUUAGGUACUGGAAGGUGCUUUAAGGUCUCCCCAGAGUCUUCUCUUCUCCAGGCUGAAGAGAACUCUUGGUGGAAAUCUUGGUACUCCAUUGUUCAUGGGGUACAAUGGGCUGACCCAUUUCAUUGGAUCCGGUGGCCUUAAACAACAACAAGCUUCAGAAAAUACCCAGACUCAGCCUUUGAUGAUGGACACCCACCUGCAGCACCCCUAAACCGAAUGACAGCUGAAAAAUGUCACUGCACCGUGAUUGCCCUGCAUCCACUGUGCCAAAGCCAACUUGUGGGACUGGUGAUUAUACUAAUAAUUCACACAAAAAGGCCAUGCCAAAAACAGGGAACCGAUGUGGCUUUUUGUCCUCAUGACUCACAAGGAACAGAAACGGGCUCAAUGCAGGCUAGGCUAAACUUUAGGAAGUAGCAGCAGAGAUUACAGCAAACCACCAAGCCUGGUCUCCGCUAUCAGUACCACAGGCCAAAUCCAGGCAUCCACAGGGAUGCAUUUGCCUGGAAGAUCUCGGAACAAGGAGGAACACACCUUCCUGCAGCUGGGUGUUGAGGCACAGCCAGAUUAGGUAGCUCAGAAACAAGAAGGUGUUUUACUCCCAUCAUUGCUGUCACACAUCAUGUCCAGGAGACCAGGGUGCAAUUUCAUCAAGGCAACAGGGUUAACAACCCUCUUUCACUGAAAAGCAGCAGGUGGGUCUUAAACGAUGGUGAUCAAAGAAGGUCUCUGAGCCUCCAAGCAGCUUUGAGUACCAGGAGGGCCAGUGCAGGGAUGUUGGGGCUGGGGGGUGCAGGGAUGCAGUCAGGGGACCAGCCAGGGCCACUGGCAGGGGAGAGCUCUUCUGGGUGUGAUUUGCUUUUGCAGCCUUCCACACGGUGGAGUUUUUCCUUGAGCUUUGCUCCAUAUGUCAUGACUCACUGGCAAAACAACCACCCGUCGCUUCGGUAGUUUCCAUACAAUUAUGGGAAGGUUUGCCCAUCCUGGCUGCACAGGUCUGAAACGAUUUCCAGAUCCUGUGUGCAAGGUGGGGGGAGGACAAACACAGGGACAGGAUGAGGAAGGAGAGGCUCUCAGUCUCUCUCUACACCUAUUAGGGUUGACUGCCCCCUCCUCUCAACCCACCGGAGCCCGUACCCCACCCUAAACAAAUACAGGCUCCUAUGGCAACACUCGUUGGGGAAACUUAACAACUCAUGCUCCAAAUUACAUUGGAAAAACAUAUGAGGGGAAAAUAGAAAAUGACUAAUUGGACUUGAGGCUCAAGAGAGCCAGGCACAGGGUUUGGGGACUGCUGUCCCUGCUCCUCGCCUCAUGUUUGGAGAACACAGUGACUCCUGUGCCUUUGCCUUGUUGAGAAUCUCCAGCUGGUUUUAUCUUUGCAAGCAGAGAGAGCAAAGUAAGGUGCUGGUGGGUCACCCUCGAGGGCACAGGAGACAUACAUCAGUCUCAUUUUGGCCUUGCAAAAGUUACUGCCAGGUAGGACAUGGGCAAUGCAGUGGACUAAGAGCAGGUGAUGUGAGAGAGGAAAACCCAUACAGACCCUGCGCUUCAGACAUGUGGCUCUGCAGAAAUCAGCUCCAGGGGUGGGAGAAGGGAGGUUUGCCCAGGCUGGCGACUCACAGGAACACUGGCAGGAAAAAGGAAAACACCGAUGCCCAACUGUGCCACACCUGGAUGUGAUCCAGGGAGACGGAUAUGCAUCAUCCAGCACGAGGGGGGGUGGGGAAAGGGCUGGUUGAAAUAUCUCUUAUAAAUGGGGAAAAAAUGAAUAAAGUAAUUGCUGCGACCGCUCCACGCCGCGUUAAGUGACGGGACUGCUUGGCCAGGCCGAGUGCCACCAAGGCAGCCGGGCUGCGUCAGCGAAUCUCCCGGCUCCCACCAUCCAUCCUCCUUGUUUGUUCAGACAGGAGCUUCAGCGGGGCAAGUGUUAGCACGUGGAGGUGCAGCCUCUGGCACCGCCGGGCCCGAGCCCUGCACUGCCGGCACAAAAAUAGUAACCACGAAUCAAGUGCUUGGCAAUUUGAAUAGGCUAAAAAAACACAGGCUCUCAAAGCCAGGAGCAGGCACGAACGAAAAGAGAAACAAUUAAAGGGGAAAAAAAUAAAAGAGGGAAAAAUAUCACAGGCAAAGGAGGGGGGUGAGAAAGGAUUGGUUAGAUCCCAACGCAUCCUGGGCAGAAGCAUCUCCAAGGGCUCAGUGGUGCUGUUUCUCUGAAGCCUGCUAGAAGAUGCCAUGCAGGAAGCAGUGUCUGUGUCCGGUAUUUUUCCACAGCCCUUGCAGAGUGCCCGGACUGGCUCCCUCCCAAGGGCUUUCAUUCUGCCCAGAGGGGAGUCCCCAGUGCCAUUGGCAAGGCAGGCAGGGUCCAGGCACUUUUCUUCAAACUCAAUUUAUAAGUAGGUUGAUUCAGUGUAAAAGAGCAUGAAAGGGUGCAACAGGUGAGGGAAAGAUGAAGAAUAAAUCACAGAUUCCAUCAGUCAUACAUAUUUCAGUGCUGCAUCACAGGUGUUAGAUUAACACUAUUUCCCAGAAAUGCAGGUUUUGCUCUGGUUGAGCAGACCUGAAGGCUCAGCACCUUGCUUUUGGCCACUACCCCUUCCAGGUGCUUCAGAGGAAGGUGGAAAAAAUAAAAAACAACCAGCAUUCACCAGGCCAAAUGUGUAACCAAAGAGCUGAAAGACUCUCCUGCUCUGCCACUGAGAUGGAAAGUGCUUGUCAUUUCUAUCUGCCCACAGCCAUUGAAAUCCCAGAUCCCAGUUUCAGGGAAUCAAGUCUAGCCUUAAGAAGCAAAAUGUUUUCUCCCAGCCUGGUCUUGGGCUUUGUGACUGUGCUGAUCCAUCCAAGGAGGGUGCACAGUUUGCUUUCAUGCAGCUCCUAAGUCAGCUUGGAUUCUGCUGUCCUUUCAGUUUUCUCUUUGGGAAUUGGCACUUUGGGCAUCGAGCUCAGACCCUUUGCAUGCUGACACAAUUAUGUGUGUCCCUGCAGCUGAGGAGGUGCAGGUGUCUUCAUCCUCAGCUGUCCCCGUCAAGGCCACCCCAGAGAAACAGGCAAACCACCAUUUCACAGGGAAAACAGGCAGGGAUCAGCCCUGGAAAAGCUGCUGCUGCCCUCAGACCCAUGCCUUGUGCAUCAGCUUCACUGCCGUUAAUUCCACUCUUGAAAUGGAUGAGUCAUUAGUGGUGGGAAGAUCAAUUGGAAACCCCAACCCUUUGGUGGCAGGGGUUGUCAGCCCAAACCAGGGCUCACAGAACCAUGGGACACGAACCUGAGCUGCCCCAAGGCUGGAGAGGGCUGCAGCUUCGCGGGUCUAAGAUGUGCAAGAGAAGCGACAUCCCAGGUGCAGGGUGAUGCCCGUGGCAUGGAGGAGCAGGCAGGGAUGAGUGGGGAAAGGAAAGCAUGGAGAGGCUGCAGCCUUGACCAGGGAGAGGCAGAGGGCAGCUUCUCCCUGCCGGAUGCCUUCCCUUCCUCCCCAUCUCAGCCACUAGCCAAGAUAUUUCAAAAGCUCUGGGAGGUCCCUGGGAGGACUUGAAGAGUGCCCAAAGCCUUGUUAAACGUCUGGUUCACUUAAAGCACCAACACAUCCACCACCCCAGCCUGGGUCCCUGGAAAUUUCCCCUCUCAUCCCUGGCCCAACAUCCUUCCAAACCACUGUUCCUCUACAGAAAACUGGGGCUAGUGUCAGUCCCUAAGGCCACCGCUGUGACAGGAGCCAGUUAAAGUGAUGCCAUUAACACCGUGUCCCCAGGACACAUCCCUUUUCUUACACACACUCAUGCUGGUGAGGCAGAGAGCCCGGCCAUUCUUGGCUCCCCGUGCUUGCCCAGGGAAGUUGACUGGGAAUGCAGACUGUGGGAGGAAAUGACAAUGUUCAUUGUUUGGAUUAAAUAUUUUUCUUGGCCCUCUC